UUCAUAUUCGCGCUGUUUCUCUCUCUCUCCUCUCUCUCUCUCUCUCUCUCUCUCUCUUUCCACGGAGCUGCUGUUUACUCGUUUAUCACUGCAGAUUAAUAUACAUAACUAAUUACUUAAAAAUGGUUGGAGGAAAAGAGUCACCAAGAAGACCGAAAUUAACUGGUUUUGUUUCAACUACGACCAGUCUGAUGGCGAAUCAGCACGCCGUCGCUUUGUACGUUGCGACGCAUAGUUUCGCUAUGGGCGUAGCGAUAGGCUGGAAUUCAGUGGCGAGCUUCGUGAUGCAAGUGAAGAAUUUUCCGAACGACUAUAUUUCCGGCCCUGCGACCGUGUCUCUCUGCCUUGGAACAUGCAUCGGAGCUUUGCUUUUACCUGCCUUCGUACAUUUCAUUGGUAGACCGGCUCCCUCGUCGGUUUUGCGAUUUUUCAUGCCCACGCUUCUCAUCGCUCUUGGAUGGCUUUUGACGUAUUUCGUCGAUUUCGAGGCACAACCGGUGGUGUUGCUCGUUUUGGGUCGACUACUGAGCGGCAUGGGCGUAGGCGGUCUGUACGUACUCAUAGCUCUGUACUUGAGCGAGAUCGCCUCGACCAAGGCACGCGACGUGCUGUUGUUCUACCAGCAGGCGGCCCUCAGCCUCGGAGUCGCGGCGUCUUACUGCUUCGCUCAUCUGAUCUACCAACACCAAAGCACGGAUCUGACUUUUUACACGAUCUACUGUGCAUUGACUUGUUUGCCUGCGCUCGGCCUCUCGUGCUUCUUGCCGCCCAGUCCCUAUUCGUUGAGAGAGCCCAAAAGCAUCUUGAUGAAAUUGCAUGGACGCAAAGAUGAGGAGUACUUGAACGUCGAAUGCCAAAGAAUCGAGCGCGACGUGGAAAAAAUGAUGUUGCCAAUGGCGAAAUGUACAGCGUUGCGCGAAUGGUCUUACUGGAGAACUGUGAUGUUGACCCUCAUUUUGGAAAUAUGUCGCCAGUUGAGCGGAAUUCAAUUACUCACGGCAAAUUUCGUAUCGUUCGCCGAGUUUAGCAGCAUAGCUUCUCCUUACGAGCGCAGAUUCACGGCCACUGAGAUGAGCUUGCACAGCUGUCUGUCACAAGCUGCAUUGGCCCUUUUGGCCACAGCCAUGGUUCGUUGGACCGGCCGGAGAAUCAUGCUGCUGCUCAGCACCUGUCUCAUGUCGUUAUUUGCAUUAUUGUUGGGCUUUCAUUUUCACGACAUCAUGAGAGAAAAUGUGCAGAGAGUUAUUGUCUUCGAAUCGGAAUGGCAUCUUUACGUUCACAGUGCGAGUUUCUUUGGUCUUUAUGGUUUAGGUUUCGGUGCUGCCUGUUGGACAAUAAUGUUCGAUUCGUUUCCUCUACAACUACGAGUGGUAACUCCGUCAGUGAUCGUUGGCAUUGGCUGGUUAUCUUGUUCAGUAUUUUUAUGCUUCAUAAUUAAUAUCAUCAAUCGUUUUGGCAUUGACACUGUGAUAUGGUUAUUUUCUGCAAUCUGUGGCCUUGCACUUCUCAUCGGAUUGUUCAUUCCAAAUCCAAAAAGAGAAAAAGAAAAUAAUUCAGGAGAUAUAAAUUCAAUUAACCGAAGUGAAAAUCAAUUAUCUGACAACAGUCGAAUACGUCAAAUUUUUCAAAGCCAAUUGGAGAAUUAUUAA